ACUUGAGUCCUUUCCAUUAGCAGUAAACAUGAUCAAGAUCGUGGGGGCUUUUCUUUUUGCAAUAGCAGCUGUCUCUGCUAUUAGAGAUGAAGAAAGAAGUCGCCUGGCUCUUCAGAAUCCAGAUCUCUUUCAAGGUGACAUUUUAGGAUUUGAGCCUGGAGACAGAAAUGUUAUUCCUUACCAGCAGAUGAGAUGGCCUAACAAGGAGGUUCCUUAUGUUAUUGACUUAACUCUGGCGCCAUAUACUGCUCUCAUUCUGGAUGCAAUGAGAAAUUACCAUGAUAAUACGUGCAUCAAAUUUGUACCCAGGACUACACAAAAGAAUUACAUCAAACUUUUCCAGGGACAAGGGUGUUAUUCUUACGUUGGUAUGAUCAAUCGCGGUGAGCAACUAGUGUCUCUCGGAAGAGGGUGCCAUUUUAAGGGAACCAUUGUACAUGAGCUGGGACAUGCCAUCGGUUUCUUCCAUGAACAAAAUAGAUCUGAUAGAGAUGAGUACCUCACCAUCUACUGGGAAAACAUCCAGAAAGGCAUGGAAACGCAGUUCGUUCUUCUGAGACCCAACCAAAACUUGCUUCUGACACCCUUUGAUCACGAAUCUAUUAUGUUAUACGGAAACUAUGCUUUCUCUAAGGAUCGCAAAUCUAAGACGAUGGUUGCAAAGAAUGGUAAACCACUUAAGGAGCCUUAUGACAAACAAGGCCUCUCCAAGGACGAUAUCAAGCGUGUCAAAGAGAUGUAUAAGUGCAAAUAACUGGAUGAUUUUAAAAAACACAGCUGCUGUUUCAUGUAUUUGCUACUGUAAAAAAUGUGGAAAUAAAAUUAGAGGAAUAUAUAUA